AAUCGUUUCCCGUGUUAACGAAUCGCGACCGACGAAAUCAUGGUGGUCUCCAAAGUAUCUCUAGUUCUCUUUUUGCUUGCAGUGGCCUUCGAUUCCGGCAGUGCACAAUGCGAUGAGACACUAAGGUCCACGGCAGGCGUGAUAUCCUCCCCGGGGUACCCAGGCGACUACCCACCGAGAGUCGACUACACCUGGUGCGUCGAUGUAGAGGGUGCUACAGCCAUAAGCGUCACUUUCUUGGGUGAGUUUCAAUUGGAAAUCAACGAGGACAAUGACGGGACAGAAUCGUGUAAGGACUCAAUGGAGAUAGGACAGGGAAACAUCCCGUUCCGGGACUCUAUCGGCAUCUUCUGUGGGAACAGCACCCCGCCAGCACAGAGUGUGGGCACCGGGCAGAUGUGGGUGAACCUGUACUCAGACAGGAACGUGGAAAUGGCAGGGUUCCAACUGGUCUACAGAUCAGAUCUCGAUGUGUGCUACAGUUCUCCCUGUACUAACGGAGGCACGUGUAUGUCUGACCUGACUACCUACACAUACACCUGUAGCUGCCCACCUGGAUGGGAUGGAGCUAGCUGUGAAGUACACGUAGGCUCCCCGGUAGACUGCACAGGCAAGCCGGCUGGCAUGUACCCAGACCCGCAGGACUGUACCAUGUUCUACCAGUGCACGGGAAACCCAAAUAACCCGCUUCCCAUGCACAUGCCCUGUCAACCAGGAACGCUCUUUGAUUGGAACCUGUCCGUCUGCAUAUUUACAUCGCACGCGCAUUGUGUCAUCUCUUCCCCUACUGAGGUGCCAACACCUGUGGUAAAUAUACCAGCAGCAAACCUUCCACCGACGACCCCUCUCUCUGCAACUGUCGAGGUUACGACAGAACCUUCAGGCAGCUGCUCGAGCAGUCCAUGUAGGUCGGGAGGAACCUGCCAAGAUGACGUGAACGGCUACACUUGUGUCUGUCCUCCUUACUCUGCCGGGAGGAACUGUGAAACAGUUUGGCAGUCCGACAAGUGCUAUCGGUUCUCGGACGACAGCAUGUCCAAUCAGGAGGCGUCCAGUAUCUGUGUCAGCAUUAACGGCCACCUAGCGGAUAUCCAGGACACUGCACAGCAGCAGCUGCUUGCUGGCUACAUGGACCCCGCACAUGACGCGUCUUUUUGGGUCGCCAACAAGAUUUCGUCAUCUUCCUGUGGUUUGGGGGAUGGAUCUGCAACGUCUUCCUGGAUGUACAAUAACGGCUCCAUAAACUUCGACAUCUGCGUACUGUUGAACAGCGCCUAUGGUUACAAGGGGACCUACCAGCGCUGCGAGGAGCAACACAACUACAUCUGCGAGUCCUCUGCUGGGCCAUGUCAGCCGAACGUGUGUCAGCACGGAGGGUACUGUGUCUCUUGUUUCGGGGAAUCCAGCAUCUUCUGUAUCUGUCCUCAGGGCUACAGCGGACCCCGCUGUGAGAUAGUCGACCUGUGCCUUCCCAGCCCCUGUCCGUUUGACUGGACCUGCUCGAUCCAGGCUGGAGGGAUCCACUGUGCAGUACCAGCUGGAGUGAAGGCUACCCGCUCCGGCUUCUGCACAGCGACCUCUUGCGGUGCCGGUUUGUUCUGCAUUGAGGAUGGUCCGAUGGGCUACUCCUGCAUCCGUGGCUGAUGAGUAACGUGUUAUCAUCUUCACCAAAAGGACCUAGUCCCUUGUGACAAGCUCUCUGGAGUUGUUCUGUCAAUUUUGAUUCCGAAUUUGAUUUUAGCAAACUAGAAAGCGCCAUUGUUAGAAACAGUUUUCAUGUAGCAAUUAUAGUAAAAAAAGCUGCCUUGAACUAUGCUUUGCUUUUGGUUAUUACAUAUCAAAUAAUCUACUUCAUUAUAUUCCCAACCCUCGAGUAAUAGUACAUUAAUUAGCCACAAAAUGGUUAUGUCUCAAAUACUUUAAUGUUGAUAUUCUUCUCGUUCAGCCUUAGCAUCAGAGUGGCACCAUAUUCAAUUGCUGUAUGGCAAAUUCAUUGCACCGAAAUACCAUUUGACCAAACUAAGGAUUUUGCUUUGGUCAAAAUCUUUAUAGUAAAUUCAAACUGUACACAAUGUCGUUUGAUUAUCAAUAAUCGUAUUCGCUGAGCAGCAAAUGCAUUCAUAAGCAGUGCAAAUUACACACUUAAAAGUCAAAUCGCCUUUGUGCCAAAAGUUCGCACUAAGUCUUAUCGGUCUCUACGCUACAUUAAUUCUGUAUUACAUAGCACAUGAAGAAGUAAAUUCACAUUAUUCAGGACAAUAGUGCAUUCAUCGUCAGUGACGACAUUCGUACAAACAAUUAUUAUCUUUCUUCUAAUUGGGUGUCAAAAUUUAUUCCAGAAGUUUAGAAAAAUAUAAAUGUGUCUGACAAAAAAGUAAAAUUGUGAGCUUUUCGCAGCACGCGGAAUGUACGUGUAUUACGAUGCACUUAUGAUUUUGUAGCAUGCAAGACAUAAAAUGUUAGAGUAUGCUGUUAUUUUGUUCAAUACAAUAAACGAUGGAAUCACAUAUACGCAAA